UUAGUCGAUGCCCAGCGACACGAAGCGGCCGGACUGGUCGAUGUAGCCCAGCUGCCCCCACUGGAACCGGCAGUCGGUGUUGCCGAGGUGGCCGUUGCAGCACUUGAUGAUGGACCCCUCCAGACCAUACACGGCUGCCUCGUCCAAACUCGCCCGAUGCACCACCUCUCGCACUCCGAGGCGCCUGUGUUGGCCGUCUUCUCCCCUUUUAAUGGCGAAGCACUGCAGUGGCGGCACGCACACCGUCUGCCCGCCUUGCCCGGCCCCCGUCACGCCCAUCACACUCUUCAACCACCGCUGCAGCCCCCGUCCCGCCCUUUCGCCCUUGCCCCUCUCGGCCUUGCCCACCACCUCCCGAUUGGCCGCCGUCUGCCCACGUCGGCCAGCCACCAUCACACCCGGCACACUCUUCAAUAACCGCACCAUCACACAAUCCGUCGAUUCGCCCUUGCCCGUCCCGCUCGUCGCCCCUCCCUCCUGCUGUUGCGCGUGCCGGGCGCCGCCCACCACCUCUCGGUUGCUGGCCGUCUUGGUGGCCGCCUGGUUGAUGAAAUGGUCGACCGCGGCACUCACGCGGCGCUUGAGAAGCGAGUCGGCGAUGAGAAACUUGUCAAUGACGGCACGGGCAGCCGACGGGUCGUGGAGGAACGAGCCGAUCUUCCAUGCGAUGCCUGUGGCCUCACACGGGCCGAAUGUGAGGUUGGACGGGGAGGGGUCGGGGUGGGCGCCAUCGUGGUGGGGCGCCAUGGGCAGCAGGCAGCCGAUGCGGGCAGCGGUGUCGCGCUGCGGCUUGAGGGCGGCAUUGAUGGCAGCCAUCACACGCUCCGGCAGCUCGUUCAGAAUCGCCGCAUACUCCUCCAGCACCAGGGACCGCUCGUACUGCGUCUCUUGGGUGUGCGAGGGCAUCAGGUCGACCGACGCGCCGUGCUGCAGCAGGGUGCGGAUGCAGCGCUUGGCCUCGUUGAUCAUCUCACGGAUGACAGGUCUCAACCUGUGGAAAAUGCGGGAACGGGAGACGUCGAGCGGGCAGCGCAGGCCUUGUGCCGCCCAUGAAAGGACGGUCAGAUUGACGACGCCCGCCGCGUUGCUGCCGGGCCCGUCGAUGUCGGUCAAAGGGAUGCGGCCGAGUAGAUACGUCAGAGCUUUGUGGUUGGACGCCCAGGCCGCGCACUGGAGUGGCGUCAGAGGCUCCACACUGGCCCCCCCUCCAGCUUGCUGCUGCUGAGUCAACGACGCGCCAUGCUGCACCAACAUGUCCAGGUAUCUGUUGAGGAAUCGCUGCGACAUACUCCUGCGGCUGCAAAUGCUGAUCACGGUCGUGUCGCCCAUGACGCCCGUGUCGGUUGCGAGGGAUGGGUCGUGCUGCAGCAGGCGGGCAGAGAUGUCAAACAGGGUGUCUUCGGCCUCCUCAUCGGUGAGCGAACACCCUUGCAUGAAGAGGAGAGGGCUGCUGGCGAGGGACGGGUGGCCGCGGACUGCCACAUGGUGGCUGAGGAGCACCUCGACGGCCGUCAUGUUGAGGGACUCCUUGGCCAUCUUGAUGGGCACAAUGGUGUGGUCGUCUCCUCCGUUGACGUUCGCCCCUGCCGAGAUGAGCUCAUUGAGGAUGGCCGCCUGCAUCUCUCGCGUCGACCACUUAGGCAGAGUGAUCGUCGAGGCGAUCGCGGGCAGCGUCGCAAACUGAAGGGGGGACAAGACGCUCUUGGUGUCGGUGGCCAGCACAAGGAGGCUGACAAGUUGGGUGUAGUUGCCUGCCGGAUUCAUAUUCUGUUCCCAUGGAAACGUCAGAGUGACAAUGACAUUGACGUCAGCGCCGAGACGAAUGAGCCGCUGAAUGCCGUCGAGGCUGAUGUUGCGGAGCAAAAUGCCAAGCACCAGGUCUUUAGUGGGCUGACUCGCGUCGUCGGGCAGGUGGAUGCCGACGCCCUCAAUGAUGGCGGCGUAGGCUCUGUUGGUACUGUCGGGCGUCAGAGCCAAGAGUAUGAGUGCUUCAUUGAGGACAAGGGUGUCCCAGAAAAUGCCGACAAGCGACACGGGCACGACGCCCCAGCACACAUCUGGAAGGAAAAGCACACGAACGGAGAGAAAAGAGGAGCCGGGACUCUGUCGUCGCUCGCUGUGCCUGUGCUUGGAUCGCCUGACUCGUCUUACAAAGGAGUAUGACGAUGAUUAGUCGGGUAUUGGCGGCAAUGAUGCCAGCGACACUGAGAGCGGGGACGAUGGCAU